AUGAACAUAUCGGAAACAUCUUCAUACCUCGACUUGGCGCCAUUGUAUGGUUCUAGCCUUGCGGACCAACUGGAGAUUCGCACAAUGAAAGAAGGCAAGCUGAAGCCAGACACUUUCCACGAGAAGCGCCUAUUCCACAACUACGUGGCCGAAAUACUACUAAAGAUCAACGAAAACGGACGGUUUACUCUCACACAGUUCAAAAAUCCCACUCCUGAAGACAUCGUCAGAGCUGUGGCUAAGCAGGACCACGAUCUCUUCAAUACUGCUAGACUAAUCGUCGGCGGUCUCUACAUCAACAUCUGCCUACACGACUAUCUCCGUGCUAUCACCAAUACACAUCACUCCGACAGCUCGUGGACCUUGGAUCCUCGCGUUGAUAUCGAUAAGCAUUUUGAUCCGGAGGGAGCUCCACGUGGCAUUGGAAACCAGGUUAGUGUUGAGUUCAACCUUCUAUACUGUUUCCACUCGUGCAUUUCCAAGCGAGACGAGAAGUGGACCAACGACUUCUUCCAAUCAGCUUUGCCGGGGAAAACUGUUGAGGACAUCAACAAGCUCGACAUGUACGAGCUGUUGGGGGGGGGGUUGCAAAAGUUCUUCGGCAAUAUGAAUCCAGAUCCCAGUAAGCGAGAGUUUGGCGGUUUACACAGACAAGACAACGGCAAGUUCAAGGAUGAGGAUCUUGUCAGGGUAACGAAAGAUAGUAUGGAAGACCCAGCAGGAUGCUUCGGUGCACCUAAUUUUGUCCUGCAACUUCGCUGGCACCCCCGGCUCCGACAAAACCACCCUGGCAACUCACCUCUCCACGCGCCUCAACGCCCUCCACGCCCAUCACUCCCCGCAGUCGCCAUCAGCAACCCGCUCGCCGCCUCCCUCUCACUCGACGGCUUCCACCUAACCCGCGCGCAACUCUCUUCGCUCCCCGACCCCGCAACCGCGCACGCGCGCCACCUUCUUGAAGCUGGUGAAACGGCUGCGCGAACUCAUCCUCCCCGAAACCCCGACCUGCACGCGCCCAGCUUCAACCACGCGGUCAAAGACCCCGUGGAACACGACAUCGCCAUCACAGCCUCAGUCCGUAUCGUAGUGCUUGAAGGAAACUAUCUCGCGCUUGAUCGGGAGCCAUGGCACGAGGCGGCGGGCUUGAUGAGGAUGUUGCGCGGGAGAGGCUGGUGA